AUGCCCCCAAAACGAGUUGCAAUUGUAACAAGCAGCACCCGCACUCCGCGCCUCAACCCAACAAUAACCAAAUACGUCCAUGACGCCCUCGACACAGAUCCAACAAUACCCACCCGCAAAGCAACUUCCUCGGGCCAUCAAACUCCAGACACAGACCCGCGCCACAUAACCCUCUCGAUUAUCGACCUUCAAGCCCAAUCUCUACCCCUCUACGAUGAAUCCGUCAUACCCGCCAGCCUGCCCCCCUCAGACCCAACACCACACUACUCAAAGCCUCAUACAAGGGCGUGGUCCGCUGUUGUCCGCGAAUAUGACGCCUUUAUCUUCGUCACUCCGCAAUAUAACUGGAGUAUACCAGCUAGCUUGAAGAAUGCGCUUGAUUACCUCUUUUAUGAGUGGAAGGGAAAGCCUGCUGCGAUUGUUACUUAUGGGUCUCGUGGUGGGGCUAAGGCGGCGGAUCAUUUGAAGGGUGUGUUGAGUGGAUUGAGGAUGAGGGUUGUUGGGACGACGGUUGGAUUGCCGAUUAAGUUUACGGGGUUGCCGGUCGGAGAGGGGGAGAGGGAGGAAGUUGAGAUUGAUGAGAGGGAUUUGAAGGGGUGGAAGGAUGCUGGUGUUGAAGGGAUGUUGAGAAAUAUGGGGAUGGAGCUUGUUUGUGAGUUGGAUAAGAAUUUGUAG